UUAUAUCAAUAAGCUUUUAACAAGUUUUCUUAUAUUAAUGUCAGCUUGACGCAACUCCCCUUGACAGCGCACUCAUACAUGAGACAGGGCACGCGUUACAACUGGCAACGGCUAUCAUGUUUGUUCCUAUCAAUGGACGCGUUGGCGGGGCACGAGCGCUGUUACAUUCCUGGGUGCAUGCGGAACAGACAAUAUUUUUUCUCGACCCUGAGAUUUAUCGAGGCGUGUCAAAGAUCAUUCUGCGACAAGGCAUUAACAUGGAGUCGAGGAGUAACGAGAGUGUUCAUUCUCGAGAACGGGACGUAAAAUACUGAAGGAUCUCCUUUGUCCGUAGCUAACGCUAUGGCUAGUCAGUUAGACAGUCUUAUAUAUUCUCAGGGAGUUAGGCCUCCCCAAGGUCUUGGAGAUAACGGAGAAAAAUCCUUUGAAAAAAUGUCGCAGGGUGUGUCCCAGGCCGCUCUGAUCUGAGGUGAACAGGCCAUUUCUAAGCCUAUAUAAGACGUCGUCGGGAUCGGCAUUUCCCAGAGCAAGCCACGUGCUAAUGAGAGUCGUUUGUCCAGCAGUGAAGUACCUUCAGAAAAAAAAAUGAUCAAACGAUUCAUCCAAGUAGUGCUCUGUAUAUUGGCACUAGCCACCACACUGCUGGCUAAACCAAAUGGUGACAGAUAUCCAGCUGGAGUGAAUCCACAAAGUUGUCCAAAUUAUCCAAACUGUGAUAACGCAGCUCUACACUCUGGACGUGCUUCUACUCCAUCCUGGUCUCCUCAAGGAGGUGCGUGGGCUCCUGCAGGAGCACCGGCAGCACCAUGGGCUCAACCUGCAUCCCCUUGGAACGCUCCUCACUCUGCUGGGAAUCCUGCAUCUGCUGGUGCACAGUAUCCAGCUGGUGUAAAUCCGCAAAGUUGCCCAAAUUAUCCUCAGUGCGACAAUGCAGCUUUACACGGUGGCGCACCAGCUAAUAAUGACUGGAACGAGCCCUCAUCAAAUUCCUGGGAUUCCUGGGACUCCUGGAGCGAUCCUUCGACGGCUCAACCUGCAGCAGUAGCACCACGUUAUCCUGCCGGCGUCAGUCAGCAGAGCUGUCCGAAUUACCCCUAUUGUUGAAAUACUCAUGAGGCAGCAUGGAUGAGAUAGGUUUGUUUUCAAUUAGUUUUGUCCAUUAUUUAGGGCGACGGUGGUAAAUUUACGCAAGAAAGUGCUUCAUCUUUAUUUCUCCGUUAAUGCCAACACGUGCAUUCUGAAAAUGUAUAAUAAAAUCCAUGGAAUAAUUGAAACUUAA